CCGCGUCCGCGCCAGACCAGUCACUGCCCCGCCUUGGUGGAGAGUGAGCGGCCAGUCCAGUUCCGAGUGGCGUUGUGUGGCGUCAGGCGUUUGCCGUCGAGUGAAGUGAGCCAAGCGUCGCGGCGCGUCGUUGCAAGACGCCGAGGAGUCCGGCGGCUGGAGUUUCGGAGGAUACCUAGACAUCGUCGUAAGAUGCUGCCGCUGCUGCUGCUGCUGGGCGCGGGGGCGCUGGUGGCCGGCCAGGACGACCAGUACUGCCUGGCGAGGGACCAGUACCCCUACCUGUACUUCGGCCCCAAGACGGCGUACGAGCGCGUGUACGACCACAAGGACUCGCCGCAGAACGUGCCGUACUGCCGCCCCCUCACGCUAUGGUUCAUGGGCCGGCCUGGGACGCGCGCCCCCGACCAGGAGACCAUCCGCAAGAUGCAGAGCCUGACGGGGCUCAAGGCCCGCAUCCUGCGCAACCACGAGGGCCACGGGGGCCGGCUGUGCCCGGAGGACCUGGCGGCGCUGUCGCGCUGGCACCUCAACGUCACCGAGGACAAGGCGCUGUGGCUGACGGGGCAGGGCCAGGCCGACCUGUCCUUCCUGGCGCGGAGGCUCAAGCGGCGGCUCCCGGAGCUGCUCAACAACACCUACCCCGCGAACCGCUUCAAGUUCCGGCACACGUCGUCGCAGCGCACCCAGGAGAGCGCCGAGGCGUUCGCGUCGGGGCUCUUCGACCGCAACCGCAACGAGGUGGAAAUCUCGCCGCCCAUGCACAACGACCCCGUGCUGCAGUUCGACGAGAUGUGCCCGUCGUGGACGGCCAACGGGGCGCGCGCCAUGGCCGAGGCCGAGCUGUUCGAGAAGGGCCCCGAGAUGGAGCAGACCAUCACCCGGGUGUCGCGCCGCCUGGGCUUCAACUACAACCUUAGCAUGGACAACAUCGAUCUGAUGUGGGAGAUGUGCCGCUACGACAAGGCCUGGAAGUACGUCUCGCUCUCGCCCUGGUGCGCCGCCUUCACGGAGGAUGACCUCAAGGUGAUGGAGUACCGAGCGGACCUGCAGUACUACUACCGGUACUCGUACGGCGACCAGCUCAACGUGGACCUGGGCUGCCCGCCCGUCAAGGACAUGCUGGAUCACUUCAGCCGCAUGGAGAUGGCGACCGACGAGGCCUACGAGAACAUCCCGCCGCCCGUGGGCGUCUUCUACUUCACGCACGACGCCGUGCUGCACAUGAUGCUGGCCGCCCUGGGCGUGGAGCGCGACGCCAUCCCCCUCAUGGCCAACAACAUGGACCAGCAGACCAAGCGGCUGUUCCGGACAUCCUACAUCGGCAGCUUCGCCGCCAACCUGGCCGCCGUCUUCUACCACUGCGACCAGGGCGAGAAGCACCGCGUUAUGUUCUACCUCCGCGAGCGCAUCGUGGACAUGGAGGGCUGCCAGGUGGGGCUGUGCUCCUGGUCGCACCUGCGCACGCGCCUACGGAAGGCGCAGGUCUGCAGCCUCAAGUUCUGCAACGCCAACGCCGCCACCGCCGUCGCGCCCUCGCGGACGGCCCUGCUCGCCGCCCUGGGGGUGGCCGUCGUGGCCGCCCUCGCGAGCCUCUAGCCGCGGACGGGGACCGGAGUGACGUCAGCCUGCGUCAGCCUGCGAGAGGGACCGACGGCAAAGCUUAAGACGACUAGAGUUUUUUUUUCUUUUUUUCAAGUUCAAUUACUUUAUGAUUUACGAACGUUUUAAGAAUUUAUUGUUGUAAGUUAUUUAGAGGGGGAAAUAAUUACAAUUCGCGACUGAAAAGGAGCUUGCGGAAACUGCUAGCUUUGCGAGCGAAGGCCCGGCGUCAAUGGUUUUUGUGAUAGUGGAAUCGGCUCGGCCGCCAAGGCCACUCACUAGGGUAAUUCUGUCUUGUUAGGCUUUUGUGCGACUGUGUGUGUGCGUGUGUGUGGAAUUCAAUGUGUCUGCAUGUCCGUGAGUGUGUGUGUGUGCGUGCUUGUGUAUGUUUAGAAAUUAUUGUGAUGAAAUAGGGUUUUCUCCAGUUUGUCAGCAUUAAUCCGUUGCAAUGACCACGGAGGUAAUGCGAAUCCGUCCCACAGACCAUCGACACCCGCCCCGCCUCACGAGUUCGAGUCAAAUUCUCGUUUUUUUUUUUCAUUCCAUGUGCCUUGCAAGGCACAAGAAUAUUUUUUCAAACAUUGUUUUCGCCUUUCUUUUCUGUGUGGGUUGGGUGAAGCUUUUGGCUGUAAUAUAUGUAAGGGGACCUGUCGAUUCUGCAGUGUAGUUUUAAUUCUUGUUAGCUAGUCAAUUCGUCGAUUCGAGGACGUGGUGGGCAGUGUUUGCUCACUCAUCAAUUUACAUGUAGUCUAAGUAUUAGUCAUCGAAGCUUUUGAUGUGAACGAUAAAGCGUUUGAAUUAUUUUAGGGGGUUUUGCACGAGUCUGCUUUGAAGGCCUAAGGGGUGGUGAGACCUCCGGGGGACGGGGAAACGAAACCCCUGCGACAUUUGGUUCGGAGACAGUUCCGAGUACCGGGACGAUCCCAACUGAGAAACCUCGCGGGGUUUUUGUGCCUCACUCUCCUGAACUAUUUAAUGGGAUUCUCUCAUUGGGAAUGUGCCAUGCACUUUUUCUGUGUCAUUUUCGCACACGAUCGGGAGUGUUUUUGAUGUAUUUCGAAUUUUAGUUUUGAUAAUUUGUGUUUAAUAUUUAUUGAGAGGAUUAAUUUGAUACGACCAUUUACUUACAGCCGUUGUUCCUGUAGAGCUAGAUGCAAGUGACACUCUCUAGGAAGAGUUUUAUCGAGUAAAUUUUAUUUUUGAUCCACCUUGUUUUUGUUUGUGUAUGUGAUUUGAAUCUCAUUUUCCGCGGCAGCAAUAAUAUUAAACUGGUGAUAAACAAAUGUGACUGUUUACUGUACUUUAAGUGUUAUAACGCUGGAGGAACUUUGGUGGCAUCACCGCUUCAAAUGCAACAAUAAAGCCAUGGGAAUAUUUGUAAAAGAAAACCAAAGCAAUAA